AUGAACGUUUUCAGUGACUCUGGUGAGUUGUACACCAUUAGAAAUGAGUUUUUCACCAACCAACACAGAAAGAUUCUCUCAUACAGCUUGGACCUGUUUUCGGACGAAACAAAGUUGAAAGUCUUGGAAUUCAAAAUUAGAUCCGCCGUCUCUUUGGGCGAAGAUGCAUCCCUGAUGAUUGAGGAAGGAAGAUUUCUUUUCCCGGGUAAUGAUGAAAUUUUUAAUGCUUUGCAACUGUGGAACGACUUGAAAACCUUUGGCACCGACGAGUCAACAUACUUUGAUGAUGUCAAGGAAGCCAAAUUCGAAUUGCAGGCUGUUUUGACCGCUUUUUACAUGGUUAAAUUCCACGGUGAUUACGAUCUGGCCAUUUCAUUAUUGGUUAACUUCAAUAACCAGAAUCCCAACAACCUCCACGAGUUGGAACCAUACUUAGUGUUGAUCCAAUUGUAUUUGAUUCAAGAGAACUAUACCGAAGCCAAGAAACUCUAUCAAAGUUUUCAAAAAUUCCCACCUAGCUCAAGAGACAGCAUCAUCUACCAGGUAUUGGAAAGUUGGAUGUUAUCCAUCCAAGGCGGCUCAGACAACAUAAGUAACUCCUACUAUUUCUACUAUGAAUUAUUAUCCACUGAGUUUGAAAAUGAUCCUCAAGGUAAAUUCCACAUCUUGAGUGUUUUGUUUGCGUUGACUUUACAAAUGAAACAUUAUCCUGAAGCGCAGGAGUUGGCUGACCAAAUUGCGACUUUGGGUUACGAAGGACCACAACAAGCUGACUACAUUGCCAACCAAAUUGCAUUUGACUACUUGACCAAAGAUGGUGAUAAUGUGGGCGCAUUGUUGAAACAAUUAUAUCAGAGCAACCCGGAACAUCAUUUGUUGAAGGAUUUGAAGGCGAAGAAUUAUAACUUCAAUGAAAUCAUCGCCAAGUACCAAGCGGCCUGA